UAGAAAAUACCGCAUUUGCCACCAACACUUCCUCCAAUUUACGUAAGAACCAACCUCAGCGCCCACCGAAUUUCCUGCCGAAAUCACCAACUCCUAAAAAUGCGGGCACACCAAGGACGAAAACGUCAUUCUAACGUUUGAUUUCACUUCCCUGAGCGAAGUCGGUAAUGAAAUGUCAAAAAUAAUCUCGUUCCUCCGCCGUUACAAAGUCACGUGGCAGGCACGUGCUUCCUCCAAUUAUUCACAUACUCCAAAAUCAAUCAGUUACCAUCUUCUCUGAUUUCGACACCUCACCAACUAGCGCCCCAUCUGAGCCGUCCAAUGGUGAGAGCUGAAAUGACGAGUUUGUCCACUCCGCCAUUAUAAAAUCUACGCGGAGAAGAAUGCCUCAAGAAAUGUUUCUGAAACAAAAUAGCAAAAACAGAGCAAUUAGUUUUUGCCAGCCCUAAUUUAGGAGAAAAAAAAUUCCUUCUUUCCUCUUCUCCGUUUGCAAAUCUGCAAAGAUCCCUAUUGCGAAUGCAUAGAGAUGAGAGUUUCUGCGGUUUCUAACCCCCUUUUGGGCGGCGGGAGAACCCAAAAACCACCCACCGGCGGCAGGAAUUGCCACCGGAAACACGUCGAAGACGGGUGAACCUUUUUUUCUCUUUUCUGUCCACUAGUGUACCAAAACCAGAGGAAAUACAAGCCAAUUUUCCAGUACAUAAAAACCACCCAUCCCCUCAAAAAUUGUUAGUUUCUUCCUUCUUUUGUUUAAUUUUUAGAUUUUCUUUUUAAUCCAUUUUUUUACGGGUCAUGACGAUGGGUUCCGAAGAAAAAUCCGGUGUGUUACACGGGAAGUAUGAGCUUGGACGGCUUUUAGGCCAUGGCACUUUUGCCAAAGUGUAUUUGUCCCGGAAUUUGCAAACGGGCAAGAGCGUGGCCAUGAAAGUUGUCGGGAAAGAGAAAGUGAUUCGGGUCGGGAUGAUGGAGCAAAUCAAGCGAGAAAUCGCCGUCAUGAAAAUGGUGAAGCAUCCCAACAUCGUGGAUUUGCACGAGGUUAUGGCCAGCAAAUCCAAGAUCUAUUUCGUCAUGGAGCUCAUCCGGGGCGGUGAAUUGUUCGCGAAGAUUGCUAGAGGGCGGCUCCGGGAAGACGUUGCCCGGAAUUAUUUCCAGCAAUUAAUGUCCGCCAUUGAUUUCUGCCACAGCAGGGGAGUGUACCACAGAGAUUUAAAGCCGGAGAAUCUGCUGCUCGAUGAGGAAGGCAAUUUAAAAGUCACUGACUUUGGUCUGAGCGCUUUUACCGAUCAUCUCCGGCACGACGGGCUGUUGCAUACGACCUGUGGUACCCCUGCAUAUGUUGCCCCGGAGGUCAUCGGAAAAAAGGGGUACGACGGAGCCAAGGCGGACAUUUGGUCAUGUGGGGUUAUCCUUUUCGUGCUCUUGGCCGGGUAUUUGCCGUUUCAAGAUGACAAUCUGGUUGCGAUGUACCGGAAAAUCUACCGGGGAGAUUUCAAAUGCCCACCUUGGUUUUCAUCCGAAGCACGAAAACUGGUUACCAAAAUGCUCGAUCCAAAUCCGAGUUCUAGAAUCACCAUUUCUAAGAUUAUGGAGUCAUCUUGGUUUAAGAAAUCAUUGCCCAAGAGUUUAAGUAGCAAGGAGGAACAGGAAUUCGCUGUGGACGACGAAGGAUUAGUAAGAAAGGGAAAAGAGGCAGAGACUCUGAACGCAUUCCACAUCAUUUCUCUGUCUCAAGGUUUCGAUUUGUCGCCCCUUUUUGAAGAGAAUAAAAGAGAGGAAAAAGAAGAGCUGAGAUUCGCCGCCGCAAAGCCAGCCAGCAGUGUGAUUUCGACGCUGGAGGAGGUGGCGAAAACCAGGAAUUUCAGCUUCAAGAGGAGUGAUUCUUGUGUCAGGUUGCAAGGGUUGGAGAGUGGGAGAAAAGGGAAGCUGGGAAUUGCUGCAGAUAUCUUCCCAUUGGCACCUUCAUUCGUGGUGGUUGAGGUCAAGAAAUCGAGUGGUGACACUUUGGAGUUCAAUCAGUUCUGCAGCAAGGAGCUUCGGCCGGCCCUCAAGGAUAUUGCUUGGACCACCACCACCCCUGCAGCAGCUGGUGGCACUGCUUGAUUCAAUGAAUGACUCAUCUUUUCUUUCCUGCAACUAUGAUUAUUAUUAUUAUAUAUGGUAGUAGUACUAAAUUGGAGUUGAAUCAGCAACAGCCUUAAUUGUACUUUUAGAUUCAUUGUUACUACCUUGAUUCAAUCCCUGUUGUUGAGGUUAGUUGUUGUUCAAAUGAAAUGGAAGUGAACCAGAAUUUCGUUGUUAAGUUUGGGAAUUUGUUAGGUGUCUUGUUGUGCAAAUUGAUUUCGUGUCAAACAUCAUCAUCUUCAUUAAAAUAUUUUCAGUUGGUUUGGUUAAAGUUAAAGAGACAGAGUGACAACUUUGUUUGUAACUCGGAAAGUAUGAACAAAAUAUUUUAUUUUUUUCUUGUUAUUGCGUUUGUGAUUUGUUCUCUUUUUUUCUUGCGUUUGUGCAAUAAAUCAAUAAGAUACAAUGAAUUUGUUAGGCAAAUGUCGAUGAUAUCCCUUUGGUGAAUUUUCAGGAUAAAACAAGUCAAGGUUCUCCCUUGUUCUCUUGAAAACUAGUGGUAGGGAAGGUAUCAGGGAAUACUUCCUAUGUUCAAUUUGGUACAAUGAUUGGUGCUUCUUCUACUUGUUAACUCAAUAAUUCUAUCUUCACUAAAAUUGCAUAUUGGUCCCCAUAUAUGUUAUCAUUCCUACACGUGUCUAGAAGGUAGUAGAAAUUAGUAAAUUACUCCCUCUCAUUAUCCUUUUGCUGUAUUGCAUUUCAUAAAGUGGUUUCUAUUUGAUUUUACUCCCAUCCAUGAUCCAUCCUAAAGAAGAAUCAUGUGUUUCUUUUAUUUGAAGAGAGAGAUGUUCUUAAUAUGUUCUUUCGUUGAUCGAUAGUGUAGUUGCCCAUAUGGAACCCACUUAUCUCACAGUUGAAUUGUUUAAUGUUACUUUGUUUUGUGUUUGUGCCUAAAAGUUUUUGUUUUUUCAAAUGUAAUUAUAAGCUUAAAAAGUAUUAGAAAGCAUUUAUCAUCAUGAUUCGAGUCUGAAAGGUGGUAUGUACAAAAAAAAAAAAUGUGUAUCUCUAAUCACGUACAAUUAUUGCAGGUUGGCACUGUUGCUAGAUCAGUUGGCCUGGUUUGGCCGGCUGAGACAGUAGAGGGUUAAAACAUGUUGAUAGAUUGCCCCUACUCAUUCCAGAGUUACAGCUGACAACAUUAACCAUUAUUUCCAGCACGUACAUGGACCACUUUCCACUUCAUCUCUAUUCAAUUGUGGUUAAUUAACUUGGUCAUCAGCCUAGCCUUGCUAAGGAGUAACAAUUACUCCCUUUACCCCGAAAUAGUUGUCCUAUUACGAUAUUUAUUUUUGAUAUUCUAAUUUAUGCUAAAACUGAAAAAAUCAAAUUAGACAAUCAUUUCGAGACAAUUACAAAGUAAAUUAUAAAGAUGAAUAAUGUAUCGGUCGUUCACUCGUCUCGCCGGCCCUUUGACCUAUCUAGCUUCUCUUCUCCGUCAGAUCCACGAUUCUCAAGCCAUCCCACACAGAUGGACCGUUAGAUCACCUUUUUUCACUUCAUGUUGGGGGUGAUUGGCUGGUGUUGGAUUCUAGGUUUCGGGAUUAUGAGUUUUCUUGUUCACUCAACUGCUGGUGUUGAGUUUGUGUAGGUUUAUUUGCACCCGCUGGGGGACUUUCUGAGUAUCAGAUCGAAGCGUGCGCGUGUGGAGUCUCCCCUUAGUAGUACUAUCUCAUUCUCCAUAGACCCGUGCGCGUGUGGAGUCUCCCCUUAGUAGUACUAUCUCAUUUUCCAUAG